AUGAUUUCGGAAACAAGAACCUCUAUCUUUAAUGUUGCUAUCAUAACAAUUUUGUUUGCAACAAAUGUUGUAUUAUCAGAUGACAAUACUCCAAUUCCUGCUGAUAGAUCCCAAGUAGACUCAUGGUUUGAUAAGAAUGUUGGUCCAUUAGAACAAAGAAAAGAAACCCUUGAGCCUGCAUUGGUGAGUGCAGAGGCUGGUGCUAGGGUUAUUAAAGUAAUGCAAGAUGGUAGUGGUGAAUUCAAAACCAUAACUGAUGCCAUUAAUAGCAUACCUACCGGAAACAACAAACGUGUGAUUCUUAAUAUAGGUCCUGGAAACUAUAACGAGAAAAUAAAAAUUGAUAGGUCAAGACCUUUUAUUACAUUGUAUGGUACACCAAAUAAUAUGCCAAAUUUAACCUUUGAUGGUACUGCUAAAAAAUAUGGCACAGUUGAUAGUGCCACAUUGAUAGUUGAAUCUGAUUAUUUUGUAGCUGCUAACAUUGCCAUAUCGAAUUCUUCCCCAAGACCGGAUGGAAAAACAUCAGGAGCUCAAGCGGUUGCAUUGAGAGCUUCCGGUGACAAAGCAGCAUUUUAUAAUUGCAAAAUAUAUGGAUUCCAGGAUACAGUUUGUGAUGACAGACAUAAUCAUCUUUUCAAAGAUUGCUUAAUUCAAGGGACAGUAGAUUACAUAUUCGGAAGUGGAACGUCGUUAUAUUUAAAAACUGAAUUAAGAACGCUUGGAACUAAAGAUGUGACCGUGAUAGUAGCAGAAGCAAGAACAAGUCCGUCAGAAGAAGCUAUAUACUCAUUUGUGCAUUGUGAUUUAACUGGAACUGGAACUCGCACUUUUUUGGGUAGAGCAUGGAUGUCUCAUCCCAAAGUUGCAUUUGCUUACUCAACUAUGAGCAAUGUUAUUGAACCGGAAGGCUGGAGUAACAACAUGCACCCUGAAUAUGACAAAACUAUAUUAUUUGGAGAAUACAAGAACACAGGACCCGGUGCAAAUCCCAUAAAACGUUCAAAAAUCACAAAGCAAUUAACUGAUGCAGAGGCUAAACCUUUCAUUACACUUGGAAUCAUUCAAGGAUCUAAAUGGUUGCUUCCUCCUCCACAAAUCUAA